CCGAGUGGGAGUCAGUGUUUCCGGGCCUCCUCCGCCAUCGCCCGCAGGCCCGAGGCUGGGUGAGGGGCGGCGGCGGGCGGGGGAGGCUCGGGAGGGGGAGUAGGGCGCCCCCGGGGACCCCCUGUCCUGACCCUGCCCGGUCCCAGCCCGGUCCCCAGCCCUGCGGGCGGGCCUUGCCCUUUUCGGCGCGUCGGACCCUCCAGCCCCCGCGGCGGCCGUGAGUUGCUCGGGCUGGGGUCCCUGCCGCAGUGAGAGGGGCUCUCAGGGUGUCUGGCUUGUGAAGCAAAACCUGUCGUGCUCUCCAUGGAAGAAAUAAGGUCGGGCGAUAAGAAUUUUCUUCGCAGACUUGCCGGAUGACCUUGGUAUUUCUGACUCUUAGUUUUCCCAUUGUGAAAAAGAGAUCCUUAUCUUUGAUCCUCCCGCGUUUCGCCGUUAAUAAGAACUUGGCUGUAUUGUCCUGCCUCAGAGAACAAACUCAUCUCCUGUAGGCCUAGCCUGGGUUGCUGCCUUUGAAAGCAAGGGAAGGCUGGCACAAUAUCAACCACAAUUCAGCAUGGAAUUUUCAGAAAGGUCUUAUUUCAAAACUUUAUAAAGAACCAGAACCACAUGGACUUCUACAAGGGAGAUUGAACUGGCCUGCGUUUGAGCAAAAGGAUAAUGUGUGACCAGCCUGUAACUAACACCAAAGAGGCCAGGUGGCAGAAGAUCUUGUAUGAGCGACAGCCCUUUCCUGAUAACUACGUGGAUCAGAGGUUCCUGGAAGAGCUCCGCAAAAACAUCUAUGCCCGGAAAUACCAGUACUGGGCUGUGGUAUUUGAGUCCAGUGUGGUGAUACAGCAGCUGUGCAAUGUCUGUGUUUUUGUAGUUAUCUGGUGGUAUAUGGAUGAGGGUCUUCUGGCCCCCCAUUGGCUUUUUGGGACCGGCCUGGCUUCUUCACUGAUUGGCUAUGUUUUGUUUGAUCUCAUUGAUGGAGGUGAAGGACGGAAGAAGAGUGGGCGGACCCGGUGGGCUGACUUGAAGAGUGCCCUAGUCUUCAUUACUUUCACGUAUGGCUUCUCGCCAGUGCUGAAGACCCUGACAGAGUCUGUCAGCACUGACACCAUCUAUGCCAUGUCGGUCUUCAUGCUGUUAGGCCACCUCAUCUUCUUUGACUAUGGUGCCAAUGCUGCCAUUGUAUCCAGCACACUGUCCUUGAACAUGGCCAUCUUUGCUUCCGUCUGUCUUGCCUCACGCCUGCCCCGGUCCCUGCAUGCCUUCAUCAUGGUGACAUUUGCCAUCCAGAUUUUUGCCCUGUGGCCCAUGUUACAGAAGAAACUGAAGGCAUGUACUCCCCGCAGCUAUGUGGGAGUGACAUUGCUGUUUGCAUUUUCAGCCUUGGGGGGCCUGCUGUCCAUUAGUCUUGUGGGAACCGUACUCUUUGCCCUUCUGCUGGUUUCCAUCUUAUUUCUCUGCCCUUUCUACCUCAUUCGCCUGCAGCUUUUUAAAGAAAACAUUCAUGGACCUUGGGAUGAGGCUGAAAUCAAAGAAGACUUGUCGAGGUUCCUCAGAUGAGUUGGGGACCUCCAUUCUGUUACUGAGACAAGCUGAUAGACCAGCCUUCCAACUAGUAGAAGAUUUGAAGGCAGAGUUCCAUUCUGGAAGCGACAUAAUGAUGUGGGUGGGAGAUCAGAGAUCAAAAGAAAAAAGUUAACCAAAGGCUUGGGUGGUGAAGGUGCUUAUCCUUUCUGUUAUUUUUUCAAUGAAAAAGCUUCCUGGGGCCCUCUUGAAUUACUGCCUCUCAUUAUUCACUGUAACAAAUGAAGUGAUGUGGUUUCUAUAUAUUAAAAAAAAAUAACAACACA